CCAAAGUGUGCUAGAAUGUAUCCGCGAGGAACAAUCACUUCCUUGGGCAGGCGCUGGUGACGCGCGUUGGCCACGGGAAGCUUGCGAGACUGGCGCGCUGAUCGUCGGAAUCCGCCUUCCUGGCUACUGCUGCUGCUGGAAGUCGCCGUUGUGGCUUGCCUUGAUGCUCUUGCUGCUCCGAGACGGGAAGGCUUGUGGGCGCUCUUGAAGCCGCCGGGUGGAGAGCGAGGGCGAGAGCCGAGAAAGUUGGGCUCUGUGUGUGUGCGUGUGUGCGUGUGUGUGUGUGUGCGUGCGUGUCCUUCGGGUUGCCUUCUCUGCAUCUCCGUCCUCUGCAAGCAGCUGCCCUGGGGACUCUGAUGCACCCGUUCCAGUGGUGUAACGGAUGCUUCUGCGGUUUGGGGCUGAUCUACACCAACAAAUCGUGCACGAUGCCUCCCAUCACCUUCCAGGACCUGCCGCUGAAUAUCUACAUGGUCAUUUUUGGCACUGGCAUCUUUGUCUUCGUGCUCAGCCUCAUCUUCUGCUGCUACUUCAUUAGCAAACUUCGACAUCAAGCCCAGAGUGAAAGAUUUGGCUACAAAGAGGUGGUUUUGAAAGGUGAUGUCAAGAAGCUAAACUUACAUGGGCAGACUUGUGCCGUCUGCCUGGAAGACUUUAAAGUGAAAGAUGAGCUGGGAGUGUUGCCAUGCCAACAUGCCUUCCACAGAAAAUGCCUUGUGAAGUGGCUGGAAGUCCGGUGUGUCUGCCCAAUGUGCAACAAGCCCAUUUCAGGCCCUACAGAGCCUCACCAGAGCAUUGGCAUACUCUUAGACGAGCUGGUGUGACAUCCACCCCCAGCUGCAUCCUCCGCACGGAGCCUCGAGUGACGUGCUCUGUUGCCCAGGGGCUCUUCUGCACUUCGGUCUGCACCCCAACCAGAGACACUUCCCGCCAGGUACUGUCUUAUCCUCCUAGGAGGAGGUCAAAGAGGACCACACCGUGUGCCAAGAUGGAAAGCAAGCUGGCCUUGCCGUCCGUCUCCAGCCUGGAGACCAUUUCCAGGGGAAAGGAAAUAACAGAGCAGACCAGAAACACACUGCAAUUCUCUGGAGCAUGAAGAGCUGGGGAGUGGAUGGUUGCACCUUCCUACCCCAACCCAUGUGGACAGCACGGGUCUCCAGCACCAGACUUCUGCAACUGGACCUUUUGGGCAAAAGCGAUGCUGGCCAUGAGAUCAGAGUCUUCCCUCCACCAAAAAAUUCCUGGUUGCAGCAUCUCCGCCUCCUGAUUUACCAGGUCUAAUAAGCCCCCUUUUUAUAGACAGGUGCCCCCUUUUCAGCCACUUGAUCCCUCCUUGCAGGGGGGGGGUCCCUUUUAUGAUUGAAAACAAGAACUUGAGCGUGGUUGCUGCCUGGUUCGGAAAAAUCGCCACGAAAAAAAUCUGCUCAUAUCCGUCUCUGCAAAGCUUGCGGCCGUCGUUUACAUAAGGCAUCGGCAGGAAGCCGUCAGCAUGUUGCAGGAGGUUUCCUCCCAUCGAGCACAAGCUGGUUAGGAGAACAGCAAGGAGGCCAGCCUUGCUGCGCUUGGAUUGUGGGAUUAGAGGACAGGGCAACACCUUGGCUCUUGGCAUUCCUUCUUGGCAGCUAGUGAGGAAGGGGAAGAUGAUACAAGGAUGAUGGACUUGGACUCUUUGGAAUGGGAAGACGAGUGGGAUGUAUUCUCUUAAGUGGCCUUUUGAACCUAUUCCUCCUAUUCCAUCCUUGUACACAAAAAUAAACCUCCUUUCUCUGAAA